AUGCCACCAGCAAGCCAAGACCGUCCAUCCAAUGCCAAAGCGACGAUGGCAUCAACACUACCGGCUCCGAAGCAAAAGCGCUCGCAGCUCUUCGACUUCUCUGAUACCCGUACAAUUAUGAUAAAAGUCGGUCCUGACGGCCAUGCCUUUUGUGUCCACAUAGAGCCACUUUGCCUGCACAUCGAGUACUUCAACAUAGCACUCAACCCAUCAUUCGCUGCAAAAGUAUACAAAGGAGGAAUGGUCUUGAAGGACACCACCCCAGAAACUUUCCAGCGCGUGUUGAGAUGGGUGUACGCGGAUAAAUAUGAGCCUGCUCCAGCUCCGCUGGACAACGGCAACGAGGACGAUGAGAAAGAGAAGGAUCGAGAAACCAAGUAUGAGAAGAUUGACACGCUAGUGGAAAUGGACUCCUCAGACCAGCAGUCCGAUUCUAUCGCAUCUCGCGAAGACCACUUGGAUGUGCUUGAUAUGUGGAUUCACGGCGCCAUCGACGACUACUGCUUUGCGGAAAAGUACGGCAUGCCUGAAUUAAAGCUGUGUAUCAUGAAGGCAUGGCAGGCUUGCGCGUUGAGGAUGUAUGAAGCGAAAUGGGUUCCGGACGACUCCGUGCUGCUCAAGGCUUACGACAAACUAUGUGUACAAAGCCCUCUCCGCAAGCACAUUACCUCGUGGUUUGCAUACGAAUACAACUUCGCGGUAUACGAGACUGCCUUGUCUAAAUUUCCUCGCAGUCUUCUGGAGGAAGUCAUCAAGAUCAUUUCGGCAAGGCUUCUUUCUCGGUUUCGCGGUGAAAUUAUGGCACCAUGGGAAAAUUGGUGUGACUGCCACGAACACAAAAAUGAAUACGAACGGCACUUCUGCGAGGGAGAGCAACGACGAGAACAGAUCAUACAGGCAGCCAUUGCCCGUGAGGAAGAGGAUGCUCAGAUGUGCUACGAGAUCUUGUCUCAAAAACUACCGCCUCUUCUUACUCAACCUGAAUUCCACCCGCCUGAACCAUCACCACAACCGCAUCAAGGCCCACCAAACGACGGCUCUCACCAAGUUUCCCCCGAGCAAGCGGACAUGCCCCAGAAGAAUGGAUCUAGGGAUGAAGAUGAGAGCGAGGUUCCUAUCUAGCUGCACUAAGUCAACACGGUACAGAACAGCUUAACAACACCACAUCAAGAUGAGACUCUCUUUCAGAUCACCCGUGUUAUGCUUCUUCUCUCAAAAGGCUGCUCAGCGAUUCUCCCGGCCUACCCUCUUUUACCGAGCUCUCCCAUCAUUAAACGAAGCACUGUUGGUGUCCGUAGAGAGGUGAUAGUCUGAAAGGCUUCUUCAGCUGAUAGGGCUUGACCGAGGGCGGUCAUCUGUGAAUUGAUGAUGGACCUUCUUGUACUGUAAUAAGGAUAGGAUUCAGUUGCUAUUCCUACAAAAAGUCGUCGCCAUAUGCGCGGAUUUGAGCGACUGAUAUGCCUAGAACUCCACGUCACAGCCAGG